AACUUCAUCAAGUGAAAAGAGUCAGAUGCUCAUUAACUUACAGUGUUGGAACUGUUGGUGCUGAAUACUGUCAUGUAGAUGGACACAUGUCAACAGAUAAUGACUGAGAUCUUUCUAUGAAAUAAGCUUCCUUAGAUUUGGAGGCACAACUUCUCCAAUAUGGAUAGUGAAGAUGAACAUGACCCCUCGGACAGUCAUGGAACAAUGUCCUCCAUGACAGGAUUCCUUUUUGGUAACAUUGAUGAGAAAGGUGACCUGACGGAGGAUUUUCUAGAUGAGGAAUCAAAAAGACAUUUGGGAUCCCUUAGUUCUCUUGGUGGUAUUGGAGUAAUGGUCAAGGAGAUUACCGGGGAUGAAGAAAAUGACAGACAAGAUGAUGAUGACAGUAUGUCAGAGGACUUUUCUGCGAAGUCUCCAACUGCAGUUGAUUAUUCUGACAUAACAGAGGCAGUGGAUGAAGAGACAGAGAGGGUGAAGGAAGCCAUGCAUGGUCUUCUUGUGCCUGCAAAUGCAGGUACAGAAGAUGAUGACUAUGACGAUGACGAUGAGAAAGACCUCAAACUAAUGCCACCUCCAUCAUUUGUACCAAAGGGAAUUAAAUCAGGUGAUGGUAAAUCGGAAAAAUCCUCACCCCAGAGCAGUCCUGAUAAAAGCAAGGCUAACACCCCCCUGGCUGCCAUGUUACCCCAAGAGCUUAGUAACAUUGAUGUUGCAGCCCUGUUUCCAGAAUUCAGACAUGGGCAGGUAUUAAGGUUUUCCAGAUUGUUUAGACCUCAAUAUGUACACCACUUGUACAAAAGAAAGAAGAAAAAGAAACCAUCUGAUGAGGACAAAGAUGGACAAAAGGAGGCGUUGGAAGAAGAGAAAAGAGCUAAACAAGAGGAGCAUCACCUUUCACUGACUCCAUUAGAAAGAGUUAUUGCGGAGGCAGAUAAUUAUAAGAAAUCACAAGAAAUAGCCCCGGAAGAGGAGAGUUCUACAAAGGAGCCAAUUAUUAGUGAAGAUGAAGGAGAGUGGGAGGAGCCAAUCAAACUCGACUUUGGAAGAUUGCCAAAACCAGAGGAAUGCCUGUCAGAUGAUGAGGAGGUGCUUCUAAAGCCGCUAGAGCAUAAAUCAGUGUCUGGAACCACCUCCAAGGGUAAGGAAGAGAGUGGGGGUGUGAAGAUAGCACCGUGGCGAUACGGCCCUGCCCAGUAUUGGUACGAUCUUCUGGGAGUCGACGAAUCAGGGGAAAACUUUGACUAUGGAUUCAAGAUGAAACCGAAAGAGGAAAUAGAGACAGACAGAAAGGAACUGGAGAAUAUAAAGGUGAACCCCGAGACCUUUCUAAUGGUCACUCAGCUGAACUGGGAGGAUGAUAUAAUCUGGAAUGGAGAGGAUGUGAAGCAGAAAAUUCUACAGUCCCAGAAACAGAAGGCGUUGGCUGCAGGCUGGAUCCCAAGUACUCAGUACAGGACAGCCACCAUGUUCACCCAGCAAGUCCAUACUCCAGUCUCUGGAAUGUCUCCCAAAAUGGUUCCUAACUUUAUGACUCCUGGUUUCUCCAAAACUCUCCCUGGGAUCUCCCCUGUGUACAAGCCUGGACAAAAUCAGUCAGGCUCAGACAGUCAGGACCAAAGUAAGGAAAAAGAGACCUGGUACUCUAUAUUCCCCAUUGAGAAUCAAGACCUUUUGUACAAGCGAUGGGAAGAUGACAUCAUCUGGGAUGCUGAGAAUAUGGAGAAAAUUCCCUCUCCCCCAGUGUUGACCCUGGACCCAAAUGACGACAACAUUAUUCUGGAAAUUCCCGAGGAUAAAGAUCCCAAUGAAAAAACGACAGAACCAGUCAAAAAGGAGAAGGCUGAGGUGAAAAAAUCCAAACUGCUUCUUGGGAAGGCUGGCAUCAUCAAAGAUGAUGGUGAAGAAGAAGAGGACCAAGGCCCUAACAUGCAGAGUAAAGAUCCAUUCAACUUGUCCAACGAUGAGUUCUACAACCCCAAGUUAAUGGAAGGAGCUGUCAAAGGGGGGAUAGGAACCAGUCUCAUUCAGCAUUCCACCCCAGCCCUUGAGCUGAGGCAGCCCUUCUUCCCCACACACAUGGGCCCUAUGAAGCUGAGGAGCUUCCACCGCCCUCAACUCAAGAAGUAUUCCCAUGGCCCCAUGUCUACGUUCAGUCCUCAUCAAGUCCUUCCACUCCUCAAACAGAUUAAGAGGAAAGCCAGGUUGAGGGAACAGGAGAGGCUGGCCUUUGGCGGGGGAGACAUUUUCUUUAUGAGGACCCCCCAGGACUUGUCAGGGAUGGACGGGGAACUCAUUAUGGCCGAGUACUCUGAGGAGUAUCCUCCCCUACUGAUGCAAGUCGGCAUGGCAACAAAGAUCAAGAAUUAUUAUAAAAGAAAACCAGGAAAGGAUUCCCAGCCACCUGCCUACAAGUAUGGGGAGCUGUCCUACGCCCACACCUCUCCAUUCCUUGGAACCCUCGUGCCUGGAAACUCCAUCCAGGCAUUUGAGAAUAACAUGUUUAGAGCUCCCAUUUAUGAACACAAAGUUCCAGAUACUGAUUUCCUUAUCAUCAGAAAUAGACAAAAUUUCUUUAUAAGAGAUGUAAACACUAUCUAUACAGUGGGUCAGGAGUGCCCGAUGUUUGAAGUACCUGGACCAAACUCCAAACGGGCCAACAAUUUUAUUCGUGAUUUUCUACAGGUCUUUAUAUAUCGACUAUUCUGGAAGAGCAAAGACAAUCCGAGGAGAAUCAAAAUGGACGACAUUAAGAAAGCUUUCCCUAACCACUCAGAAAGCAGUAUCAGAAAGAGGCUGAAACUGUGUGCAGAUUUUAAGAGAACAGGAAUGGACUCUAACUGGUGGGUCGUGAAGCCAGACUUCCGUCUGCCGACAGAGGAGGAAAUGAGAGCCAUGGUGUCCCCUGAGCAGUGCUGUGGGUACUUCAGCAUGUUGGCCGCGGAACAGAGGCUCAAGGACGCUGGUUAUGGGGAGAAGUCAUUAUUUGCUCCAGAAGAUGAUAAUGAAGAGGAUACACAGUCCAAGAUAGAAGAUGAGGUGAAAACUGCCCCCUGGAACACCACUAGAGCUUACAUCAGUGCUGUGAAAGGGAAGUGUUUACUGGAUUUGAAUGGUCCGGCUGAUCCCACUGGCUGUGGGGAGGGGUUCUCCUAUGUUAAGGUCCCCAAUAAACCACAGCCCAAGGAGGAGGGUAAAGAACAGACCCCUCAGAAAAAGACUGUGACGGGCACAGAUGCUGAUCUAAGGAAACUCAGUCUGAAGGACGCCAAGCAGCUACUUAGAAAGUUCCAAGUUCCAGACUCAGAGAUAAAGAAGCUAUCUAGAUGGGAGGUUAUUGAUGUGGUUAGAACUAUGUCAACAGAGCAAGCCAAGGCCGGUCAGGAGGGGAAAGCUGGAAUGAGUAAGUUUGCAAGAGGAAACAGAUUCUCAGUAGCAGAACAUCAAGAAAGGUAUAGAGAAGAAUGCCAGAGAAUAUUUGAUCUUCAGAACAGAGUCCUUGCAUCAGAGGAAGUGUUAUCCACAGAUGAAGGGUCCAGCUCAGACAACGACUCUGACUUUGAGGAAAUGGGGAAAAAUCUGGAGAGUAUGCUGUCCAAUAAGAAGACCAGCUCCCAGUUGUCUCACGAGAAGGAGGAAGCCGAGAGAAGAGAGCUCCAGAAGAUGUUGAUGGGCGAUGACGGGAAGGACAAGGGAGAUAAAUCCAGCAAGUCCAAGUCCAAGGAUGACGACUCCGGACCUGCAGUUGGAAGAAAACUUAAGAUCACUAGAACAUUUAAGGAUGACAAUGGGUCGACGUACACAAGAACAGAGUGGGUGGUAAAGCCAGCGGUCAUCGAUACCUACGUCAGAAUCAGGGAGAAGAAGGACCUCUCCUUCAUAAAAUCUUUUGCAUUGAUUGAUGAGCAGCUGAAGGAAGAAAUGAGAAGAGAGAAGAGAAGAUUACAAGAGAGGCUGAGAAGAAUCAAGAGGAAUGAGGAGAAAGCCCAGCUGGCCCCACCCCCAACCAAAAAGAAGAAAAAGCAGGAAACUCCAUUCAAUAGCAAGUUGAAGUGUGGUGCCUGUGGACAGAUCGGUCACAUGAGGACAAACAAGGAGUGUCCUAUGUACAACAAGUCGGGUCCCAGCGCCGCACCCGUACAGGUCGCCAUGACGGAGGAGCAGGAGGAGGAAGAGGAGAAGAGUCUCCUCCAAAACGAUGACCUCAUCAAGGUCGAGGGCACCCGCGUCAUGUUCUCAAAGAACCUAGUUGAACAUGCUGAACAAGUGAAGAGGAAAUCACUGGUACUUAAAUUCCCUAAACAAGUCACCAAAGCUGAAAAGAAGAAGAGAUUUGGAUCUGUUAUUCACUGUGAUUAUUUAAAGAAACCCAAGCAAACUUCCAACAGAAGGAGAACAGACCCAGUUGUUACACUGUCCAGCAUAUUUGAGAACAUUCUGAAUGAGAUGAGAGACCUACCCAAUACCCAGCCAUUUCUGUUCCCUGUCAGUGCUAAGGAAGUCCCAGAUUAUUACCGAGUCAUCAAGACUCCCAUGGAUUUACAGACUAUGAGAGAAAAUAUCAGAGCGAGGAAGUAUGAAUCAAGAGAGAAGUUUCUGAUCGAUGUCAACCAGAUUGUGGAGAACUGUAAACUCUACAAUGGUCCAAAGAGUGCCCUGACUCUCACAGCUCAGCAGAUGAUGGAGCUAGUUUUCAAGAGAUUUGCAGAGAAAGAAGACAAGCUGAUGAGGAUAGAAAAGGCCAUUAACCCUCUGUUAGAUGAUAACGACCAAGUGGCCUUUUCCUUCAUCCUAGAGAAUAUCAUUGUACAGAUGAAGGCCAUAGAAAAUUCCUGGCCCUUCCAUCAACCUGUGAACAGGAAGUUUGUCAAAGAUUACUACGACGUCAUCAAACAUCCGAUGGAUCUAUCCACUCUACUGAAGAAUGUGCAAAGUCACAAGUAUCAGACGCGGGAACAGUUCCUACACGACGUCGACCUGAUUCACCAGAACUGUGAGAAAUAUAACGGGCCGGGGAGCAACUACACCAAGACGGCCCUCAAGAUGAGUGACCUGUGUAGGGAGAGACUCCAAGAGAAUGAGGAGAGCCUGAGUCAGAUGGAGAGUGAUAUCCGCGCUGCACAGGAAGCAGCUCUGGAGGCAGUGGAGACGGACAGCAUCAUGACGGGGACGUCCGCCAACCCCGAGGACAGCAGCCUGUUCGGAAUGGACAAUGAGAGUAUUGAUGACUCUAAUAUGUCUAUGUCAAGAGAAAACAUCACCAUUGCAGAGGAUACAAAUGAUGACAGCAUGAUGAUGAAUAACUCCAGGAAAGGGCUGAACCAGUCUGGUCACUCAGAGUACGACUCGGAAUACGUGGACAUCGAGGGAGACGAUGAGAUCAUCCAGGGAGGAAUGGAUGCCUCAGGACAAGGAGAUGGUCUGGCUCAGGAUUUACAGAUAACUCCUGAAAACUCGGACAAUGAAGAUACAGGUGAUCAGGAUAGUAAGAACUAUCAGGGAGAUAUCAGCAUGUCUCAGUUUGAAGGGGAAAACUCGCAGCAGUACUACCAGUACCCAGUCCAAUUUCAGGAGGAGGAUGAAAACAGUUUCGAUCCCUCUGACUUCUUCAUGCACAGCUCACUCGCACAAGAGGCAGCAGCCAAUCAAAUCAAGCAGGAGGAGUCAGGGGAGGGGUCUGCACCUGUUGCUAUGGAGACUGAUAUUAACACUGACCUUCAGGUGUCAGAGUCUGACAGCGAACAGGAGACGGAGCAGCCGUCAGGGUCAGGGAAUGAUGGCUUCGACAUCGAUGAAUUCUUCUAGGGUCCAACAUGGAGAACUGUCUGGUUCUAUUGAACUCCUCAGAGGAGAUCCAAGUGUGAAGAAUAUGCACAACUAAAUUCAUCCAGCAAGUGAGCUGAGGAAAAGAAUAUUCUGUUGAAGAAGUGAUUUAACUAUUACGUCUUUCAAUUUGACUUAUUCUUGGUAAGUGUGCAAUCACGCAUUACAUUGAGGUUAUGUACAUUUGGUUGAGAGACAUGUAGCCAGUAAAGAUGCUGUAAAUGCUUCAGGUUGUUUAGCUGUACAGUGCUAUAUUAAAGUGCUUUUUACCUACUGGCUCUUCCUUGGACAUGCCUGUUAAGUGCAUCUUGUAGUUGUUAACAACAGAAAUUCAUGGGGCAGUGUGCAUUGGAUCUAUAUUUGUUUAGGUCUUUAACACUGUUUUGUUAUAGGCCGUGUUCUCUCUGUUUGUUACUUGUAUCACCUCUGAGAGGUUGAGGAUGGCAGGGGUUUAUCUGAUGACACACAAGGAAUCAUUUCAGUACAUAAACAGGUAGAAGGGGACAUGAAGGAGUUAAAAUAUUAUAAUAAGACAAAUUAUGUUAUGUAUUUAACUGGUCAGGUUAUUUGUGUGCAAGAGGCUUUAAUGAAUGAAUUAUGUUUGUUGUAAACAGGCUCUCUUAGCCAUCAUCAUCAUCAUCAUCAUCAUCAUCAUUUUUACAUUAUCAAAUUGUUAUUUUUUUUUACACAGUGUACACGUCAUCAGCCAGCUUAAGAUCUAGAUUUGUCUGGGUCUGAACAUAUUUAUGAUGUGCAUGUCAUUCAGGUCACCUCUGAGAAUUCUAAGGCAGCAAUCGAUUUGUACAUCAGUGACAUUAUUUAUAUAUAAUAUAUAGGAUACAUAAGUAUCUUCUGUAUAUUUACUUGUACAUCUUGUUAUGGGAAAUCAUGAAUACAAAAGAUAUAUUAGUUUAAGUAGGAUGGUGAUGCAUUCAACAAAUGAUCAGCUUUAUGUUGUUAGAGGCAUAAAGUAGACGAAUAAUUUUUGUAGACACAUGGCCAUGUCAUCAUUGGCAUCAUCAUCAUCAUCAUCAUCAUCGUUAUCAUCAUUUUGUUUUAUAUGAUGUACAUGUCACCAGAUAUGUGUGAAAUAAAUCUAUAAAAA